CUGGGGACGCGCCCGCCUGCUGGGGCUUUGGGCAGAGACCAGCCCGGGGCCGAGCCCUCCGCGAGGGGGUUCGUCUGCUGGAGGAGCGGGCGAGGCGGGCAGGGAGAGGUGCGGCCCCGGCCCUGGCCAACGGGACCAUCUGGAAGGCUCGGCCGAGCAUCCCGCGAACUGGGCCCGCGGAAGGGCUCCACCAGAGUCUGCAGGGGGCCUGGAAAGCUUGUGCAAUGAAUGGUGAUACUCAGGCCGCAGUGGUGACCUCACCGCCCCCGACCACAGCCCCUCACAAAGAGAGGUACUUCGACAGGGUGGACGAGAACAACCCAGAGUACCUGCGAGAGAGGAACAUGGCGCCUGACCUUCGCCAGGACUUCAACAUGAUGGAGCAGAAGAAGAGGGUGUCCAUGAUUCUGCAGAGUCCCGCUUUCUGUGAAGAGCUGGAGUCGAUGAUACAGGAGCAAUUUAAGAAGGGGAAGAACCCCACCGGCCUGCUGGCCUUGCAGCAGAUUGCCGAUUUUAUGACCACGACUGUUCCCAACGUCUACCCGGCAGCCCCGCAAGGGGGGCUGGCCGCCCUGAACAUGAGUCUUGGCAUGGUGACUCCUGUGAAUGACCUGAGAGGGUCCGAUUCGAUCGCCUAUGACAAAGGGGAGAAGUUGCUGCGCUGUAAACUGGCGGCACUUUACAGGCUGGCAGACCUGUUUGGGUGGUCUCAGCUCAUCUACAACCACAUCACGACCAGAGUGGGCUCGGAGCAGGAGCACUUCCUCAUCGUGCCUUUCGGGCUGCUCUUCAGCGAAGUGACCGCCUCCAGCUUGGUGAAAAUAAACCUGCAAGGAGAUAUCGUCGACCGCGGGAGCACUAACCUCGGAGUGAACCAGGCUGGCUUCACGCUGCACUCUGCAAUCUAUGCCGCGCGCCCGGACGUGAGGUGUGUGGUGCACAUUCACACACCGGCAGGGGCCGCGGUCUCCGCGAUGAAAUGUGGCCUCCUGCCCAUCUCCCCAGAGGCCCUGUCCCUUGGAGAAGUGGGUUAUCAUGACUACCAUGGGAUUUUGGUGGAUGAAGAGGAGAAGAUUCUAAUUCAGAAAAACUUGGGGCCCAAGAGCAAGGUCCUCAUUCUCCGGAACCACGGGCUCGUGUCGGUCGGGGAGAGCGUCGAGGAGGCCUUCUUCUACAUCCACAACCUCGUGGUCGCGUGCGAGAUCCAGGUUCGAACUCUGGCCAGUGCAGGAGGGCCAGACAACCUAGUGCUCCUGGACCCUGGGAAGUACAAAGCCAAGUCCCGCUCCCCAGAGCCCCCCGCAGGGGAGAGCGCCGGGGCCCCUCCCCCGUGGCUGGUCGGCGAGCAGGAGUUUGAAGCCCUCAUGCGGAUGCUCGAUAACCUGGGCUACAGAACCGGCUACCCGUACCGAUACCCGGCCCUGAGAGAGAAGUCUAAGAAGUACAGCGAUGUGGAGCUCCCCGCUGCUGUCACAGGUCUCUCCUUUGCUAGUGACGGCGACUCGGGCACUUGCUCCCCUCUCAGACACAGUUUUCAGAAGCAGCAGCGAGAGAAGACAAGGCGGCCGAACUCUGGCCGGGGGGACGCUGCCUCCGAGGAAGGGCAGAGCGGAAGCAGCCCCAAGUCGAAGACUAAGGUGUGGACGAACAUUACACACGAUCACGUGAAACCUUUGCUGCAGUCUCUCUCGUCCGGUGUCUGCGUGCCAAGCUGUAUUACCAACUGCUUGUGGACUAAAGAGGAUGGACAUAGAACUUCCACCUCUGCCGUCCCUAACCUGUUUGUUCCGUUGAACACAAACCCGAAAGAGGUCCAGGAGAUGAGGAACAAGAUCCGAGAGCAGAACUUACAGGACAUUAAGACGGCCGGUCCCCAGUCCCAGGUGUUGUCUGGUGUAAUGGUGGACAGGAGCCUCGUCCAGGACGCGCCCCUGUCCGACUGCACGGAGACAAUCGAAGGGCUCGAGCUCACAGAGCAGACCUUUAGUCCAGCUCAAUCUCUCUCUUUUAGAAAGGGGGAGCUGGUGACAGCCUCCAAGGCCAUCAUUGAGAAGGAGUACCAGCCGCACGUCAUCGUGAGCACCACGGGCCCCAACCCCUUCACCGCGCUCACGGACCGGGAGCUGGAGGAGUACCGCAGGGAGGUGGAGCGCAAGCACAAGGGCCCCUCAGAGAGUGUGGACGAGACCACAGAGCAGAGAGGUGGUAGUCCUCCGGAGCGCCCUGCCGCCUCCAGCACCCCUGUCAAGCUGGACGAAGACCUGCCGCGGGACCCCACCUCAGGAGACGACGGCGAAGCCGCCACCUCUAAGCCGACUCUCCCUGACCUGUCCCCUGACGAGCCUUCAGAAGCACUCGGCUUCCCCACGCUGGAGGAGGAGGAGGAGGAGGAGGAGGAGGAGGGGCUUGGCGAAGCCCGCGGCCCUCCAAGCCCCGCCAGGUCCUCCACGGUGGCCAGCCCCGAGCCAGCCCCGGCCCCGGCCCCGGGGGCUGAGGAGGCCUCCUCCCCCACCGCCGAGGAGGGUGCCGCCGCAGACCCAGGCAGUGACGGGUCUCCAGGCAAGUCCCCCUCCAAAAAGAAGAAGAAGUUCCGCACCCCUUCCUUCCUGAAGAAGAGCAAGAAGAGGAGCGACUGCUGAAGGCCUGCCCCGUCCAAACCGAGACUCUCUCUCUCUCCCUCUCCCUCUCUCUCUCUCUCUCUCCCUGUCUCUCUCGUGUUGUCUUCCCGGUAAUGGAAUGCUGAGCCCGUCCCCCAUGUAGCUAGAGACCCCCCUCCCCGCCCGACCCAGCCCUUGCGGACCGGUGCUAACCUCCUGUGCUCCAAGGGGCCUCCCGCGGCCCCGGGGCUCGGCCCAGGGAGGCUCGGGCUCGUGCCCCCUCCGUGCUCAUCCGUCUGCUCCUCAAGUCCCGCUCCCUGGGGGCAUCCAGUCAGUCAGGGCUCCGGCCGCAAGAGGCCCUGCAGCUCCAGCCCUGCCCUCUCUCGCUCUCCUUCUGUUUCGAAGUGACCACGCUCGGCCCCUGCCAGGCUCCCCUCACCCCAAGGUCUCAGGUGCCUGGCUCUGUCCCUGCCGGCCUUCCCUGCUCAGCGGCUCCCUUGGCUCCCGUACACAGAGCCCCCCCUGUGCUCGCCCCCGGCCCAGGGCGGCGGCGGGCUCCAAGAGGCGGGGGCGGGCUCGGCCGGACACCCAGCGGCAGACGGGCCUGUGUGUGCCCGGCGCAGCCUGUGCACGGCCUGACCGGCCCCCCGGCCGGAUCAGAUUCAGGGCUCAGUGUCUUACUGGGGUCUCUCGGCUCCGCCACAGGGAGGGUGCAUAGUCGGGGAAAGGGUCCUUUCCAGGAUUUUCUUUCAGCAGGUUUGCAGUUCAUCUUACGUUGCUAGCUGUGCACACGAACGGUGACUUGUGUUCCUUUCUCUUCGCCUGUCUGGGCGAGGUUUCGGGACAGAGGGGGUCUGCUCCUAACCUCGUCCCCAGACAGACCUGGUUUUGACCAAGGGCAGCUCAAGGCAGAAGCCGGCCCUGGCUGUCCCCGCAGCCACCGAGCCCCCAUCGCUCAUGGAGCCCUAACUGGCUCUCCUUCACUUCCGUGAACUCUCCACUAACUCCGCCCCCUGGAAAAGAGUGUAAAGCUCCUUCGUGGGAGCCAGCGGGCGGCCACAGGGGCUCCUCAGGGGACCCAUUCCAGGAGCUGCCUGGUGCCAGCCUGCCUGCCCCCUCUUGUCCCAGAGACCCCUUGGGGAAGCACCAGAGGUGGGCUCAGUCCCGCAGAUCCGACCCCCCGGCAGGGCCGGAGCGGGCUGCACGGCACCGCCCGCUGCUCUGAGCUCGCGGCGAGCACACCGCUUUCCCACGCGCCGACUGUCGCCCAGGUGCAGCCCGCCCCUGCACCGCCCCGUCCUCGAGUCAGCCACGGGCUCUUCCUCGGGCCCUCCCUCCACCCCACACGUGUGGCGCCUUUAAUUUCCCUUGGUAGUUUAUUUUAACUUUGUAUCACACACUGAGUUUAGUCGCACAUGCAGACACAGGCCCUGUGUCCUUUCUUCAUUGUGCUGCGUUUCUCUCACAAAUAAAGUUCUUUAACCUGUGCCCUGUCUGCACUUAGGGAGCAGUCAUGUA